CAGGAGCCCUGGGGACAAAUCUGAAAACCCGAUGGUACAGCUUUUCUAUGGGACUUUCUUGACUGAGGGUGUCCACGAGGGCAAUACUUUUUCCAAGAUCGAAACCUUUGGUCAGUAUCCCCUUCAGGUAAAUGGUUAUCGAAACUUGAACGAGUGCCUGGAAGGAGCCAUGGUGGAGGGGGAGAUGGACGAGGCGACGGCGUCUCAGUCAGUGAAAUACGGACAGGAGCGCUGGUUUACAAAACUCCCACCAGUACUGACCUUUGAACUCUCCCGAUUUGAGUUCAAUCAGUCCCUAGGACAGCCCGAGAAAAUUCACAGCAAGCUAGAAUUCCCCCAGACUAUUUAUAUGGACAGGUACCUGUACAGCAGCAAAGAGCUUAUUCGGAUGAAAAGAGAAGAAAUGAAGAGGUUGAAGGAGAAAAUGGUGAUUCUGCAGCAGAAACUGGAAAGGUACAUGAAAUACGGCUCUGGCCCAGCCCGCUUCCCGCUGCCCGACAUGCUCCAGUACGUCCUGGAAUUCAUCGCUGCGAAGGCGGCCGGAGUCGUUUCUUGCGCUCGGGGCUCUCCAGCACCACUCCGGCCGUCCCCAGCUGAGCCUCCCAGUUCGGACGUGCUUCCGCAGCCCGACGGCGUCGUAGAAAGGACGGAUGCUAGCACUGAAGAUGCAGCUUUUGUUUCGGCAAACCCCUCGCCGCAGCAAGAGCCGAGCGCGCCGCUCCAGCCCUCUGGUUCUCCCGCGGAAGCGUCGGAACGUCCAGCUCCUCACGUGGUUUCCGAGGAAGAGCUGACCCUCGUUCGGACGUGUCUGCAGCGAUGGAGAAACGAGAUCGAGCAAGACGUGCAAGAUCUGAAGGAGUCUAUUUCCAGAGUCAACCUGUCCAUGGAACAAAUGUACUGUGACCCUCUUCUCCAGCAGGUUCCCUAUCGUUUGCACGCCGUCUUGGUCCACGAGGGGCAAGCGAACGCCGGUCACUACUGGGCCUUCGUGUACGACCAGCCUCGAAAAAGCUGGCUCAAGUACAACGACAUCUCCGUGACGGAGUCGUCGUGGGAAGAGCUGGAGAGGGAUUCGUUCGGAGGCUCGAGGAACGCCAGCGCCUACUGCCUGAUGUACAUCAGCGACGAGGUGGUCGCAGACCAGGAUGAUGGCUCCGAGGUUGGACAGUUUCAGAAGGAAGUCGAAGCCUUGCCCCCAGAGCUGAGGCACUACAUCCAGGAGGACAACUGGCGACUGGAGCAGGAGGCAGAGGAGUGGGAGGAGGAGCAGUCUUGCAAGAUUCCUCAGAUGGAGCCUUCGCCUGCUUCUGCCUCGCAGGACCUCUCUUCUGACUCAGGACCAGACCAGUCGUCAGCCUGCGAGCAGGGCACGCGCUCUCUGUCCUCCGAACACGCCAGGAUGGCCAAGGAGCAGACCGCCAAGGCCAUCGCGAACACCGCCGACGCCUACGAGAAGAACGGCGUCGAGGCGGCGCUCUGUGAGCCCAAGGAGGUAGAACCAGUGAAAGCCCAACUGGGAGAACCAGCCCUUCCAGUUCAGGCAGACCGGCCGCAGGACGCUAAGGAAGCAGAGCCCGCUGCCCAAACUAGCUCCCGGGUCUCUGAAGUGGAAAUCCCCAGUGUGGGGAAGAUUCCCGUUAGAUCCGAUGCAGACGGAUAUAACGAGGAGGUACAGCUCCCAGCGCAGGGCCACUCGCCCUACGCGAGCUCCCAGGCUUUUCCGAAUCCUGGCUCGGGCAGCGUUUCGGAAGUCCGCGAGCGCGGUUGGAUGCCACGCCAACGCCGAGCCCGGCGCUCCGCGGGCACGCUCGGUAGAUGCUUGCGUGAGGUGGGCGCGACGAAGCGCUCCGCCGCGGGCUUCCGCGCUCGGGCCCGCCAGACCUUUGAUCGCGACGGGUCUGAGGCCGGGCUCGUCAAGGCGUUCCACGAGGAUUACUCCCGGCUCUACCUGCUGGCCAAAGAGACCCCGACCCCUCAGAACGACGCCCGCUUGCAGCACGUCCUCGUGUACUUCCUGCAGAACAACGCUCCCCAGCAAGUGGUGGAACGGACCCUUCUGGAGCAGUUUGCAGACAAGAACCUCAGCUACGAUGAAAGGUCAAUCAGCAUCAUGAAGGUGGCGCGAGCGAAGCUGAGGGAAAUCGGUCCCGACGACGUCAAUAUGGAGGAGUACAAGCGAUGGCACGAGGACUACAGCCUCUUCCGCAAGGUGUCGGUGUACCUGCUGACAGGGCUGGAGCUCUACCAGAACGGAAAGUACCAGGAGUCCCUCACCUACCUGGUCUACGCCUACCAAAGCAACACCAAGCUGCUGCUGAAAGGACCCAGCAGAGGAGUGAACGAGUCGCUGAUCGCCCUGUACAGAAGGAAUUGUCUCCUGAAGCUGAACGAGGCGGCAGCAUCCCUGUUCGUCAGCUGCGAAGAAGCUCGCGUGGCAGAGGGCGUUGGCAUCCUGAACGAGCUGAUCAUUCCCUGCAUGCACCUCAUGAACAACUUCGAGAUCUCCAAGGAGGACCUGGAUGCCAUCGAGGUCAUGAGAAACCGCUGGUGCUCCUACCUGGGACGAGAAGACAUGGACGGUAGGGAGCGGCGCUGCCCGCGUCGUGCCGUGUGUGGGCAGGGCGGUGGCUGGGUCUGA